GCUUCCGCGUUUCUCUUUUCACGUCCUACGCUGUGACGUCCCUUUUCCUGCUGUCUUCGCCAUGGCUCGAGGACCGAAAAAGCACCUCAAGCGCGUGGCAGCGCCGAAGCAUUGGAUGCUGGACAAGCUCACCGGGGUGUUUGCUCCUCGGCCGUCCACUGGUCCCCACAAGCUGAGGGAGUGCCUGCCCCUCAUCAUCUUCCUGAGGAAUCGGCUGAAGUACGCUCUGACUGGAGAUGAGGUUAAGAAAAUCUGCAUGCAGAGAUUUAUUAAGAUCGACGGCAAGGUCCGCACUGACAUCACCUACCCCGCUGGCUUCAUGGAUGUGAUUAGCAUCGAGAAGACUGGAGAGCACUUCCGUCUCAUCUACGACGUCAAGGGUCGCUUCGCCGUCCAUCGCAUCACGGCAGAGGAAUCCAAGUACAAACUUUGCAAGGUGAGGAAGAUCCUCAUCCGUAACAAGGGGAUCCCCCACCUGGUCACCCAUGAUGCCCGCACCAUCCGCUACCCAGACCCCCUCAUCAAGGUCAACGACACCGUGCGCAUUGACCUAGAGACCGGCAAGAUCACAGAUUUCAUCAAGUUUGACACAGGCAAUAUGUGCGUGGUGACUGGCGGCGCCAACUUGGGGCGUAUCGGGGUGAUCACCAACCGCGAGAGGCACCCUGGGUCCUUCGAUGUGGUCCACGUCAAGGACAGCACCGGCAACACCUUCGCCACCCGGCUCUCCAACAUCUUCGUCAUUGGCAAGGGCACAAAGCCAUGGGUCUCCCUGCCCCGCGGUAAGGGAAUCCGCCUGACCAUCGCCGAGGAGAGAGACAAGAGGCUGGCCGCCAAGCAGGGGAGCAGCUGAGCUCCAUGGAGAAUGAGGAAUCUGCAGAAUUGAUUUCAAAUAAAAUGUUAUUUACAAAAAAAAAA